AUGGAGAUCGCGGAGACCACGGAGAUGCCAGGCGGCCAGCGCGCGCGCUGCCGCCUCCAGCUGCCAGCCGCUACCGAACGCCAGACGCGGCGCGGGGGCGCGGACCCCGGGUACCGCGUCUCUGUCCCGCCCUGCGCCUCCCCCGCUCCAUCCCUCCCGCCUGCGCCUCCCCAGCUCCUCCCCUCCGCUCUCUCACCCCCGCACCCUCUAGGCCCUCGCUCAGAUGCGGUCGGUUCUCCCGGGUCGGGGCUCACUGCUCCUCUGCGCGCCUUCCGCUGCCCACCUCGCAGAUCCGCAGGCUUCUGGAGACCGUGGGUGGAAGACAGUGGCGAGGAGGAAGAGGCGCCGCACCACGCCGCGGAGGCGAUGCCAGAUGGCCCCGGAAUAACGGACGCCUCAGAAAAGCUUUCCCGAUACAGACACCCAGUCAGACUAUUUUGGCCAAAAUCAAAGUGUUACGAUUACUUAUAUCAAGAAGCAGAAGUUCUUCUGAAAAAAUUUCCAAUUCAAGCCACAAUUUCAUUUUAUGAAGAUUCUGAUAGCGAAGAAGAAAUUGAGGAGCUGAUCUGUGAAAAUUAA